AACUCUAAUUAAAGCGGUACUUAAAAACCUUUGACCUAAGAAGACGUCUUGGUCUGAAGUGACAUACGGCGGCCAUCUUGUGGCCUGAUGUGACAUGUCUCUAGGCUCUAGUCAGUGUUAAAUUUUAAUGGCAGUGGCGUUAGGCCGUUUAGUUAGGUUCAGUCGCAAGUUUUAAUUUGUGCAUUUCGGAAAUGAUAAAUCCCGAAUAGUCUUUCAUACGUAUGUUGUUAGUGCAUAUUGACCUCAUCUUAAUAACGUGUAUUAAAUUGAUCUCAAAGACAGAAAGAAGUCGACAAGCAACAACUGACAAACUGGACGCCAUCCUGUCGUGAAGCGCCAUGGAAGGCUUAAUGACGCUGGAUCUUGUUCUUCCCAGACGACUCACCAAACUCUGCGUCGCUACUAAGCAGGAGCACCAGUUUCGGUGGCACAGUAAGAAAAGCAGUGGUAACUUACACAUAGUGGGUCGAGACAAAGAUACAGUACGUCUAGAGUUCACAGGUUACAACUUCCUUGAGGUGAAAGAAAACAUCAUUAGUUGUGUUAUAGACAGCAUAACAAAGAAAAGAAAUGAAACAGAUCAAGAACAUCAGGAAAAAGUGAAGCAAAAAAAGAACAAUCAACCAGCCAGUGUUGAAGUGAAUAUUAGGACAGAGACAACAGAAGGUGCAGUACAGGAGAACAGGGUGGAUACUAAGACAAGUGUCACAGUCACAACCAGUGGGAUACCUAGUGUAGACACAGUAACCCCUACAUGGAGGAGAUCUUCUAGACGUGUCAAACCAAACGUCAAAGAAGAAUUCCUGUAUGAUAGUUUGAAAGACCUUAAAGCAAACAAGAAACUGGUCAUAUCAGAUGAGCCUGACACAACAGAGAGCCUGGAGCUUGAAGAUGAAGCUGUGAGCAAAGAUUUCCCAGUUGAUAUCUCAUCAAAGAAAGUUCCUUGUAAAGUGUGCAAGGUCUCUGUGAGUAACUUACGCAUGCACAUGUUGAGCAGACAUAUCACUCUGUGUCCACACUGUAAGAGAGAAAUCAAAAAGAAAGACUUCAAGGAUCAUCUAAAGACCAGCCACCCAGGCCUGGUGCUUACUGAGCUGUGUCCAGUGUGUAUGAAACCCUUUAAGAGCCUCAAGAAACACAUCACUGCCAAACAUAGUGGAAGACUUCAUCACGAUCACGUUUGCAAACAGUGUGGCUAUGCUACGUAUGACAGACAUGCACUGAGAAACCAUAUCCUGCACGUCCACCACAACGUGCGCAUGUUUAGCUGCAGCUCUUGCAGCCAGACAUUUAAAACAAAGCAGGUCCUGAAGCAGCACACACGGAUUGUGCAUGAAGGAGUCAGAGAUUUCCAGUGUCAUGUUUGUAUGAAAAAAUUCACCAAGAAAUACCAUCUCGAUGUCCAUACCAGAACACACAUGGGUGAGAAGCCUUACCUGUGUAGCUACUGCCCACGCCAGUUUACUGACAAGGCUAAUCUGGACGUCCACACAGAGACUGUCCAUCUCAAGGUGUAUUCCUACCAGUGCAGUGUGUGUGAUCAGUUAUUCAGGAGGAAGAAGUAUCUGGUAGAACAUAUCAGAGGAUCUCACCCCAAUGCAGAGAAACUAUUGCAGCAAGGUGUAGGAAAACUAACCCAGCCCAAGUCCAAGCCAGUGUGUCAGCAGUCCCAAGGGAAAGACACCAAGAAAUAUGGCUUCACUCCUCAGAGCUUCCAGAUAGAAGUUGGCCAAGAAGUCAGUCAGCAGGUGGCUGAAGCAGGGAUAACAAAUAGGAACUUGGCUCCUUCAAGUUUCAAGCUGGAAGUUGCUGAAGCCAUGCUGAAUAUCAACCCAGUUGAGAGGCAGCCAAGUCGAUACUUGGUCCACUUACCAGGCGGGAAGAGACUAGUGCUGUCCCCUGCUGGCACUGCAGUGAAUCGAGUCCAACAGCAACAUCAGCAGAUUAAUAUCAAUGUGAACAAUGGAAGGGUGGAGAGUGUGACAGAGGAAACCCAGAAUUUGGUGGAGGCAACAGAGAAUGCAGUAGAGGUGACGCAGAAUGUGACGGAUGAGACCAGUGGGACACAAUUAGCCACCCAGUCUCAGCAAACUGCACAAGAGAUCAGCAUAUUAGAACUGGUGCAGCAGGUGGUUCAUAGCACAGGGAACUGGACUGUAGGGGGCGCUGGGAACCAUGGGGAGAGCAUUGCUGUUGAAGUGCCUUACAGUAGUGACACACAACAUGAGGAGACAACCAAGACACAGCAUGUAGAAUGUGAUAACACAGGUAGUGAAGGAGGUCAGGUUAUGGAGAGCAGACAUGUUAAUGUGGGAGACACACAGAACUUUGAGUUGUGUAUUGGCAGUGGAGAGACAGGAUCUCAUCAACAACAUUGUAUUGACACUCGUGGUACACUACAGGAAAAUCUGGAUGUUGACUCUCAGGUUGAAGUUCAGGAACAGAACAUAGAGGAGCACAUUGAAUCUCAGGCCAUGAUGCAAAGGCUUUCUUCACAAGAACAGCCUGGUGGGAAAUCUGAAACAGUUUGUUACUCAGACAGUUCUUCUGAACAACAGCAGACAAUACCAGAGAUAGUGUCAGAGUCGUCUGAUCAUCUUGAACAUUUCAGCUCACAUGGAGAUUCCGUAAUUGUUGUUCCAGAACAAAAUGGACAGGAGAUCACACUGACGGCUGAGGGGUAUAUACCUUUGUGACAAAUAAUACUAAUGAACAAACUCUUUGAAGACAGGAUAUUUGGGGGGGG